AUGAAAGAAGACGACACUUCAAUAUCUCAGAAAAAGAUAGAUGAAUUAAUUAGGGAAUAAAAAUACGCUGCACUUAUCUAAUUGAUUUCUAAAAGAGAUCCAAGUAGGUAAGCUUCUAUUGUUUAUGCAUUAGACUAAAACAAUACAACUCCUUAAAAAUAAAGAAUUAAAUCUUCAGGUUGAAUUAAGAUGUUGCUGUUUGUGCUAAUAACAAUGAUGUAUACUCAGGAAAACUAAUCAAGAUUUAUUGCAUUAAAGAUUAAAAUAAUCAGUAUGUUCCUGUAAUAUAGGUUCAAUGGUAUUUGUUAUUUCAUAUUUAUGUUAGGUAUUACACUAAACAAGACUUAAAUUUAGAUAAGAAACUCAUGAAAUGUAUUUCAAUAAAGGAAUUGUUUUUUUCUACUCAUGUUGAGUUUUUGGCGGCUAAUAAAUUAUAAUGUCCAAUAGAAGUGAUGACAUUUGAUCAAUACACAUAAUUGGAAUAUGAAGAAGAAACGAAAUUCUUCAGUAGAGCAGCCAUAGAUCUUAAAACGAUGGAACCUAUGCCGACAGUUGGCGAAUGGCCAAAAUCAUGUGUGUGUAGAAUGCCUUAAAACCCAGAUAUCUAAAUGAUUCAAUGUGAAACUUGUGUAGAGUGGUUUCAUUUGGAUUGUGUUAAUAUAAAACCAGAAGAAGCAGAAUAAAUUGAACUUUAUAAAUGUCCAGGUUGCUAAUGA